AUUCUUUAUGUAUUAUUGUAAGUACUUGAUAUAAUUCUUACAACAGAGAAAUAAUUUUCUUGUCAAAAUGUCUGAUUUAUUUAGCGUUUCGGAAUUUGAGAAACAUGCUUUGGAAGUUUUGCCUAAAAAUAUUCGAGAUUACUACAGAAGUGGUGCAGGACGACAGGAGACAUUGGCUGAUAACAGAAAAGCAUUCUUCAGGUAUAAAGUAAGACCAAGAUAUUUAAGAAAUGUAGAAAAUAUAGAUUUAUCUACAGUAGUUCUUGGAGAGAAGAUUUCCAUGCCAAUUGGAAUUGCUCCGUCUGGUAUGCAAAAAAUGGCUCAUCCAAUGGGCGAACUGGCUGUUGUUAAAGCUGCCCAAGAAAUGGGUGUAGUUUACACUCUUAGCACCAUGUCAACAUACAGCAUUGAAGAAGUUGCUCAAGCUGCUCCAAUGGCUGUGAAAUGGUUUCAAGUAUAUAUUUAUAAGGACAGAGAUUUAACUAGAAAUUUAAUUUUGAGAGCGGAGAAAGCUGGUUUUAAAGCAAUAGUAUUAACUGUGGAUGCACCGUUAUUUGGUUUGCGUAUUCCUGAUUUAAAGAACAAGUUCACAUUACCUCCACAUCUUAAAUUGGCGAAUUUCGAAGGAAGAGUUUCGGAAAUGAGCCAGGACCCCACAAAAGGAUCAGGUCUUAACAACUACGUUAAUGAUUUGUUCGAUCCGUCCAUUAAUUGGGAAGACAUUAAAUGGUUGAAGAGUAUUACAAACCUUCCCAUAGUUCUGAAAGGAAUAUUGACUGCAGAGGAUGCAUUACUCGCUGUGGAGGCUGGGGUAGCUGCCGUUCAAGUCUCCAACCAUGGGUCUAGGCAGUUGGAUGGAACACCUGCUGCGAUUGACGCUCUAUGUGAUGUAGUAAAGGCGGUAGGAGACAAAAUAGAAGUUUACAUCGAUGGUGGAGUGACAGAUGGCGUUGAUGUUCUCAAAGCUGUUGCUCUUGGAGCAAAGAUGGCUCUGGUAGGACGAUCUGCUUUAUGGGGAUUGGUUCAUAGUGGACAACAAGGAGUCGAGAGAGUUCUCAAUAUUCUUAAAAACGAACUCAGGACCGGCUUGGGAAUAUCAGGUUAUUCAAAAAUAAAUCAAAUUGAUAGAAGCUUGGUGGUACAUGAAAGUUAUUAUGCUAAGCUUUAAGAUGACUGAAGUUGGACCGCAUUAUGUAAUAACGGAUUAACCGCCAAAAGUCAAAAAUCGAGAUAAUAGUGCCAUAUUGCAGCUAGGGUGCAAAUCUAUGUAUAAAAAUAUGUUUUUUGUAAAAAAAUUAAAAAAAAAGCUGUUUUUAAAUACCUGUAUUAAGCGACAUUUUUUAUUUUAUUAAAAAAAAUCUCACACUAGGAUUUGUAAUAUCGAACUAAACGCCAAUAAUGGUACAUAAUCCAUUGUCAUAAACAAAAAUCCGCAUCUUUGUAAGUGUAAUAACGAAUCAAGCGCCAUGAAUAGUCGGUUAAUUCUUUAUUACAAAACAUAACAUAUUUACUAACGUUUAAGAUAUCCAAUUAAAAGACAUCAUUUGUCAGGUAACAUCAGAUUAAGCGCCAACUAUGUCUCUUAAUCCGGUAUUCGGAUCUUAACUCAUGCAUAUCUUAAAAAAUCAUUAACGAAUUAAGCGACAUUUGAUCGAAUAACUUUUAAAAUAUAAAUUAUUUUUAAAAAAUUUUAAACACAGGUACAAGUCUAUUUACAUUUGCAUUAAUAUAUUAAAUAUGAAACAUGUCAGUACUAUAUUUUAGAAAUAGUACCAAAAACAAAUUUAAAAUCUUUAAACCGAUUUAUCUCAAAACUACAUUUUGGCGCUUAAUCCGCUAUUACAUAACGCGGUCCAGUUGAAGUACUCAGAAAUUUACUUAAAACAUAUGCAUGAAAAUAUAUUUUUUUAUCAAUAAA